AUUUCUGAAGAUGAUGAUAAUAAAAAAGUUGAAGAAAUUCAAGAAGAAUUUGAACAUCUAAAUGAUUUACUAGAUUGGAAUAGAAAAUUUUUAAUAUUUGGUGGUAUUUGGCCAUUGGAAAAUACAAAAUUUCGUGCUGCAAUUUUUACAGCUUACAUGACAUUUCACCUAUUCACCGAGUACAGUGGAGUUGUUGAAGUCGUUGGUAAUUUUGAAGCAAUGGUUUUGGGUAUAAUUGAAUCAUCAAUGCAAUCAAUGGUUCUAUCAAAAUUAUUUGUUUUUCGUCAUAGUAAAAAUCUUCGUGUACUAAUUAGCGCAAUGAAAGAAGAUUUUCAAGAAAAUAAUUAUAACGAUUUAAAUGAAAAAAAAAUUUAUUUAAAAUACAAUUACUAUUCAAAAUUAUAUUUUAAAUUAUCAGUACCAUAUGUAUUAACAAUAGCAGCAUUGUAUUAUGCUAGACCAUUAUUGACAUCAUUAAUCUUGGGAACAUUUGGUGUUAAUGAUUCACUUAUUCUUCCGUUUCAAACAAAAUUAUUUUUUCCAAUUGAUAAUACACAAACAUAUUUUUAUGUUUACAUAUGGUAUUGUCCAAUGGUUUAUCUGCUAGCAUGUCAUAAUGCUUUUAUAUGUAUUUUAAUAACAAUUAUACUUCAUAUUUGUGGACAAUUAGCUGUUGUUGAGUAUAGAAUUAAAAAUUUAAAAUAUGAUCAUGAAAAAGAUCAUAAUCAAAUGAUUUUUAAAACAUUGGUUCAACGACAUCAACGUUCAAUUUGGAUGGCUAAAACUUUUGAUACUUCAUUUAAUGUUGUACUUUUAAUUGAUCUUAUUGGUUCAACAGUUUUAAUUGGACUACUGUCUUAUUCUAUUGUUACUGAAUCUGAAACGUUAGAGACUUCAUUUGUGUAUAUUUAUAUUUGUGCUAUUAUUGCAACACUUUUUCUAUUAUUUGGAUAUUGUUAUGUGGGUGAAUGUCUUGUUGAAAACAGUACACGAGUUCAUGAAGUAUACUACGAAUGUGAAUGGCAUAAAAUGUCAUUAAAAUUUCAAAAAUCUUUGUCAUUUUGUUUAAUGGAAACUGAAAAACCACUGACAAUGACUGCUGGAAAAAUUUUUGUAUUUUCACUAAGUGGAUACGCUUAUGUAAUAAAAUCAGCUAUGGGAUACGUAUCAAUGCUCCGAAAUGUCGCCAUGUAAAAUAAUUUAAAACAAUGUAAAAUAAUUAU